CCAGUGAAUUUCUUAUUUUAAAAUGAUAUUUUUCAAUUUUCUUUCGAGAAGUAUUAAUUCUUAAGAAAAUAAUGAAAAAACAGAUAUUAUUUUAUAUUUUUGCAUACUAGAUUUAAUGCUCCUUAUGACUCUAGUCGAAAAUUCUUUUAAGAUUUUUUAUUUUUAUAUCAUAUUCUAGGUACUUAUUUAUAUUUUUCCAUUAAUUAUUAAUUUGUAAUUUUUUCUAGGUAUUUACAUUAAUUAUUUAAAUGACGAGAACUUUUCAUUGAGUUUUCGAACUUUUUUUUAGUACGUUAAUAAUAAAGACCGUAAUACCUAAAGAUUGAUCAAAAUAUAACAAAUUUGCAAAUCGUCUAAUUUAAAAAUUAACUCUAUAUACGAUGUUAAAUUUAAAAUUUAUUUUAAAAAAAUUUUAAACUUGUUAUUUGUUAAUAUUUUUCAAAUGGAAAGUUUUCGAUUAUUAGAAUGACGUAAUUGUUUUUUAAUUGCCAUUUUAUUUUUUAUUAGUUUUAAUUUAUUAAUUUAAUUCUCUAAUUGUUGGUUAUUAUAAUUAUGAAAAUAAUUAUUAAUUACUAUUGUGAAAAAUGAGCUAUUGAAGUGUGAUCUCUUAAGAACAGAAAUUUAUUAAUGUUCCAAACUUAAUUUUUGAUCUCUUUGAAAAAUUCUAAAGCACAUUCAUAUAAUAUAAUAUAGACUGUAUAAUUCAUAAAUAUAUAAAUAUAAUUCUUAUAUUCAUCGAAAAAUGUAUAAGAAAAUAUUAUGCAGUUUAACGCGUUUUUACAAUGUUGUAUGAUGAUGUUGAAAAAAAAAUAUUGGAAAACAAACAUGAGUAAAAAGGUGCUAAAAUGACAUUUGUUAAUAAACUGAUAAUAAAUAUUUGAAACGUGUUAUAACAUAUCAUUAAGUUAUAUAUAUGUAAAUGUAUAUAUAUAAUUUAUUAAUAUUGUUUCUCACGUUAUAAUGUCAUUUUUUUUCAUAAUGAUCAUGUGUGAUAAAAGACUUUAAUGUGAAAUCGAACAAAAGUAUUACAUUCCUCUAUUUUUUAAUUUAAAAAAAAAAUUCAUCAAUCUCCAGUCGAGAGUCUUGCUAGUCGAAUGACUUUGAAAUGUCCAAAUGUAUUCUUGUGCAUUGUACAAAUGUUAUUAUAUAUUAAGCUAAAUUUUGUAAAUGUUGAAAAAAAAUGUGGCAACUUCUUAUAAAUAUACAAAUGCCUACUAAUUCUAUUGAGAAUUUUUUUCAUUAAACAAAAUAGCGUUUUUUUUAUAUUGUUUAAACAUUUUUUUUCACUUAAAAUUAUUUAUUUUAUAGAACAAUGAUAGAGGAAAUGCUUUUUAUUUUGAACACUAUACAAGUAUGUAUAUGUAUAUUGCUAUGGAUACUGAAAUCCAAACAGAGUGGAAAUGUAGGGAAUAUUUCUAAGAGUGUUUCUUUUAUUAUUUUAGAUACAAUAAUUAUUUUAGAAAAUAUUAAAGUAGAAAAUAAUUAUCGAUUUUUUAAAAAAAAAAUCUUAAUAUUUAUUGUAAAUAAUGGAAAGAACAAAACCUGAGUUUCAAAAAAGUCGAUGGCUUCAAGCAAUUUGGGAACCUGGAACUCGUAUUUAUUCACUUCCCGGAGGAAUUGAUAUGAUUGAUAUUUCCGGAGAAGGUGACGCGCGACUUAUUACAGCAGAUUUAGGAAAUUCACUUCAGGAUACUCCCAGGAUCCGAGUGUUUAAGGAAGAAACUCAAGUAACUGAACAUAAUAUGAUUGAUGCUCCUUGUGGAGUUGUGGGUUUUUAUUCUGAAAAUGGAAAUCCUCGUUCUGCUGCAGUUGCUGUUGGUGCAGGUGCCAGUGUUUUUAUUUUCAAAAAUAUGAGACCACAUUUUAAAUUUUGCCUACCUUAUUUAGAUGCUCAUCCAAAGGAAAGAGAGAUCUGGCACAAGGCUGGAUUAGAAGAUGAAAUAAAUGUAUUAAAUUUAGCGGAUGAUUUGGAAUUACUUCUUAAAGAACUUGGAGCUGGAUGUUUGUCUUCUCGAACUUUAAAAUUUCUUGCAAUGGAUAAAAAUUUAAGAGCUAGUUUUGCUGAACAAUAUCGAGUUGUUCCAUUAAUUAGAAUGAAUGCAGUCACCACCAUUGGCGUUUCUCGGAAAGAUUCUUGGGCUGAUUAUCCUUCAAGUUUCAUUCUAGUUGGAACAGAAUCUGGAGAAAUUUUCAUGUUAGAUCCAAGAGCAUUUUUCAUGACUGAGAAAAUUACAAUUGGCUGGCCACCAGUUUCUACAACUUGCACUGGAUUAUGGAAUGGAGAUGGACAAAUAAUUGUGAUUGGACGAGAAGGACAAUUGGGCUCAAUUAAAAAAGGAUGUCUUUUCAAAAUGUGGGAUAUUUUACCAGCUCCAAUUGUAUCAAUUGCUCCUCUCACUUGCGAAGGUGCAGCUGUCGCUUCGAUGGACGGAACCUAUUACGGAUUUUCAAAAACUGUACAUAAUUGUUCUUUAGUUCAAUUUUUUUUAAUUUUAAUUGUUCUUUAUUUUAAUUGUCAAAAUAUUGUUAUUCAGGGGAUGAGGAUGUGGCGAAUUAAUUUAUCAGGAAUGCCUUUGGAUCUAGUCAGUUUGCCAGUUCAACAAAGUGUCGUUUCCUUAUUAGCUGUGAGUGUUGCAAAAAUUGGUAUCAAAAUCUAUGACGAGAAGCAUCACGUUGAUACGAUUAAAAUGAUGGAUUCUGUAUCAGCAAUUAAGUAUGGACGAUUAGGACAAGAAGAGCGAGCAAUGUCAAUGGUGACAACUGGAGGAGGACUUUGUGUAAAAAUUUUAAAACGCACAGCAGAUUUUUCCGUUCGUUCAUUGACAACUGCAAAUUCUAAUAGCGAAAGUAAUUUUAUGAUUCCAAAGAAAACAAGACUUUUCGUUGAACAAACAUUACGUGAAAGAACAGAAGCGUCGAAAAUUCAUAAAAUAUUUCAACAGGGUUUAAUUCGAUUACGAUUAACAGUUGCGAAAAAAGCAUUCGAUGCUUUAUCUAAUCAACAAGAAUCAAUGUAUCGUCCAAUUUCAAUAGAAUCUAGUGUUAUUGGUUUAGGACCAAGAUAUAGAAUUCGUUCAAUUGUCACUAAUGUCACUGAGGAAGCAUCAGAAACAGAUUUAUUUUUUGUUUAUAAAACAAAUAAUGUCGAUUGUAGACCUCGAGUUUCAAGAGUUCCAAUUUUAGCUCCUGGUAUUCCAAUUACAUUUAGUUCGAAUGCGACUUUAAUUAAUUAUCAACUUCCCGGAAAAGUAAAACUUCUUUUAUGUAAAAAAGAUGUUCUUAAACCUUUACAAAUUAUUAAUAUUGCGCUUCCAGCUGCUGAGGAGGAUAUUGAUGUAUAAAGGUAUAAAUUUGUAUAUUUAUUUUAUAAAAAAAUGUUUAAAAAAAUAAAUUAAUUUUAAACAUA